AUGAUUAAAUUAGCCAUUUUACUGCUAAUCCCGUUACUUUUUGCCAAUUUUUGUGAUGCUCGUCGACCAAAAGACCAAAUUCGUCAAUGCAAAUGUGUGGAGCUGGAGGAAUGCCGUCAAAGCAAUCUUGAGCCACUCCUGAAAUGUCAGGAAAAGUGCAUCAAGAAACUGGAGAAUGCGGAUUGGGACAAGGAGGAGGGCCAGAAAUGUUUGAUGACGAAGAAAACUUCCGAUCGGGAUGAGUGUCUGAAAGAUGCGUUGGCAAAAACGUAAGGAAAUUUUGCCUUAACUGGGAAAAGACUUGGGGAAAGCCAACAUCAAUUUUUCUUAAACAAAACCAGUCUGUCGGGAAAAUAAUGUGGAUUCGUCGCGCGUUGAAACGCCCAUCAUCGCUUUGUGACGGCUAGCCGUGGCUGGAGAUUUGGUGUGCGACUGCCACAAAGCGACACAUUUUGCUGCGACAAAGCCACAUUAUUUUCCCGACGGAAUGAUAUUGUACUAGUCAGCUUGUAAAGUCGCUGGAGUGAUUUCGGCAACAGCGAGAAAACAAAAGUUUACCUUUCUUCGAUCUGCGACUUUUUUCACCCUUAUUGCAUAUCAGUCUGUCGGGAAAAUAACGGCCGAUUGUCGCGUUUCGGUAUCGCUUUUCAUCGCUUCUGCGGGGGCGAGCCGCCGCUGGAAAUUUGGUGCGUGACAGCACCCUUCUUUUCGACGAGAUGAGACAUUUCGUUGCGACCACCCGCCGUUAUUUUUCCAACGGACUGAUAGUUCUUGUGGCUAAAAUCACCUCAGCGACUCUUCGAACGAACUUUUGUCGGUUUGUCGGGAAAAUAAUGUGGCUUCUUCGCGCUUUGAAAUCUCCCAUUAUCGCUUUGCGACGGGUGAUUUUAAAGCUUUAAACGGGCUGGGACAACGCGAGAAUUUUCCCUGCGACAAAUCCACAUUAUUUUUCAGACAGACUGUUUUUUGUUCAAGAAAAAUUGAUGUAGGCUUUCCCAAGUUUCUUUCAAAUUUGAGCGUCGAACUUUACACAUUUUUCUUAUAAAUCUCCCACGCUACUAGUCGUUCCAGAAAGUGCGUGCACCUUUUUCCGCCUUUUUUUCGGACCGCACAGUGCAAGUUUCGUGUUCCCCGCGCGACGCGAUCCUUUUCGAAACAUUUUGCACUGUGCAAUUUCUAAAAAUUCGCGCCGGCUCCGUUGAGAAAAGCCUACGUCGCUGCGACAUUGCAAUUGCACGGUGCAAAAGGUCAAAUGCACCCCGCAAGAAGGCAAUUUUGUGCACAGUGCGGCCCACGACAAAAAGUGCACGCACCUUCUGGAACGACUAGUAGCAACUUUCUAGUCUUCUUCAAAACGAACUAACUCUUUCUUUAGUUGCGACAACGAGCCUGGCAAAUAUCUCAAUGUCAACGAGACCAAUGAGCACCGACACAAGCGCCAUCCUCAUCGAAGGCACAGAAGUGUGGAUAACUCCACGGUUGUCACAGACGGUUCCACCUCCGACCACGAACAUGUGGAGAGCAGCACCGCCGAGAGUGAGAGCAUCGAAGAGAGGAAGGAGAACAAGAAAAAUCAGCACAAGCAGAGGGAACAUCACAAGGCCGAGUUCCACGCCUUUAUCCAAAAACAUUUCGGGAAGAGCGGUAAGUGGAGGGUAAAAUACGGAUUUUUUAUUUGUGCCACAUUUAUCAAUCUGGCGGAAAAAUAAUGAGCACUCCGUCGCAUCGAAAAUCGCCGCCGGGAAAAUGAAUUGUGUCGCGACAAAAUUAAAUUGCUCUUUACAGCGACGCGAUUGGCGCAGCGAUAUUGUGCUCAUUAUUUUCCCGACAGACUAAUAUUUAUACAAUUCCGUUUUUUUCAGGAAAGCACUUUGCCAAAUGCAUGAACUCUUGUUCGCAUCGCUUCCAGAAGCCAGGAAAUUGUCCGAGAAAACUGAAGUAAGUUGAAAAUCAUGAAAAUCAUUCCAUUUACUUUUUUGUUGGACCUCCGUCGGCUUUCAAAUUGUUUGUUAUAUCAGCCUGUCGGGAAAAUAAUAUGGAUUUUUUGCGCCUAGUACUUCCAUAUACGGUUGAUGCGCGACUGCGACGAGGCAAAAACAUUUUCUUCAACGAAUCCACAUUAUUUUCCCGACAGACUGAAAGCCAAGAUUCGUGUUCGAUUUCUAGAGGCUCCACUGUCAGAAAAUUCCUCUUCAAGCGAAUAAAAUUUGAAUAUGUAACUGUAACUCACCGUCAUCGGGCUUUGAAAGCAGUAUCACAUUUUUAACCUCAUUUUGUUGCAGAUGCGGCACCAAGCGAGUACCGGCCGAUGAGUGGAAAGAAGCCACCGCCGCCUGUGACAAGAAAAAGAAGCCUCGUCGAUACGAGACCUGCGAUUGCCUGGAGAAGGCCGGCGUGAAGUAGGUGUUGCUUUAACCUUACAGGGGAAGUACCCCCAGUGCGACGCUCAGAUUUUCUUUAAAUUCUGCAAACACGUCGGGUAUGGACCAAAUAUCAAUUCCUGAAAGUUUUAGCUCGCGCUUUCCGGGCGCCGCCGAGAUAUCGAACGAUUUUUGCCGCCGAGAGAGCACGCUAAACGUGGAGAGCGGUCAGAGAGAAACGCGCUUUUUGGCCAUAACUUUGGCAGUCCCGUGCGGAAAAAUUUAAUUUUUUGUAGAAACAUUGUCCUUUACAGGCAUGAAACUUUUCGUGCCGAAAUUCGGCAAAAAGUCCUAAAUUUUCGCCGGCUUUCGAUCUAAAAACCCCGAUUGUUUCUGCAAAGCGCGAGCUAGGAUCCUCGCAUUCAUUUUAGAAAAAAAUAUUCUAAAUUUGCGCCAAUUUUCAUCAAAAUCUGAGCGUCGCACUUGGAGUGCUUCUCCUACAGUGGCGGACCUGAUCCAGUGGCAAAAAACAUGCCAUUUUGCAUCCGGGAAGUAUCAAAAAAUGCGGCAAAAUACCUCCCUCUCCAAGUGAAAAAACUCCGAUUUCAAAACCACGCCCACUCUUUUUGUGAAGGAAAGGGCGCGCAGUUCAAAACGGAGUUUUUUUAGUUAUAGAAGGAAGCAUUUUGCCACAUUUUUUAUACUUCCCGGAUGCGAAAUGAUACGUUUUUUGCCACUGGAUCAGGUCCCUCACUGUAUUAGCCUUUCUUUUCAUUAGUCCUUCCGGCAAGUCGCCGGUCUGAUUUUUGGAGCUUGCACUGUGCGGAAAAUGUUAAGGUUCCAGCGACAGCCGAAAAAAAGUCUAUUGCACGGUGCAAAAAGCAAGAAAUUUCACAGUGCAAAGAAACCUUUUGCUUUUGCACAGUGCGUAUGGCCGAUUUCGGUACAGCAACUUUCCGGGAAGACUAGUAGACGUUUCGUUUGGAAUGCGAUUCAAAAAUUUCGACUGAAAUCCGUUGCAUUUUGCCCCUUCCCUUUACAAAUUUCUAAUUUUUUUCUUUCAGAAAUCUCGACUGCACAUUCGGCGGUCGUCGAGAGAACGACAACACCGAAGAAUGA